UUCUUCCAACGCACGAAAGCAAGGCUUCACAACGAUGGGAGCAUAAACGAGCUCAUUCACAGAAGCCAGACGAGUUCUUUCUUGCAGAGUACGAGUGAUUUAGAGAAAUGUCUCGGAGGUAUGAUAUCCGUACUACGAUCUUCUCGCCGGAAGGUCGCCUCUACCAAGUUGAAUAUGCGAUGGAAGCCAUUGGAAAUGCAGGAAGUGCCAUUGGGGUAUUAUCGAAAGAUGGAGUUGUCUUAGUUGGGGAAAAGAAGGUCACCUCUAAACUUCUCCAAACAUUAAAGUCCUCUGAAAAGAUGUACAAAAUCGAUGAUCAUGUCACUUGUGCAGUCGCUGGGAUAAUGUCUGAUGCAAACAUCUUAAUAAACACAGCCAGAGUCCAAGCUCAGAGGUACACUUUUGCUUACCAAGAACCAAUGCCAGUUGAACAGCUGGUUCAAUCUCUCUGUGAUACUAAGCAAAGGUACACACAGUUUGGUGGGCUUCGUCCAUUUGGUGUCUCAUUUCUGUUUGCAGGUUGGGAUAAGAACUUUGGCUUCCAGCUAUACAUGAGCGACCCAAGUGGCAAUUAUGGUGGUUGGAAAGCAGCGGCAAUUGGGGCAAAUAACCAGGCUGCCCAGUCAAUGCUUAAACAGGAUUAUAAGGAUAACAUCACUAGGGAAGAAGCGGUUCAGCUUGCAUUGAAGGUGCUUAGUAAGACUAUGGACAGCACAAGCCUUACAUCAGAUAAGCUCGAACUGGCUGGGAUCUUUCUCUCCCUCUCUGGAAAGGUGAAGUAUGAGGUUUGCUUGCCAGAGUCCCUCAGUAAGUUGUUGGAGAAGUUUGGAGUGACCAAACCUGUUGCCGAGGCUUCCUGAGUUUAUUCUUCCCUGUCACUGUAUUUCAAAGACUUAGUUUCAGAACAUUUUUGGUAUUGUCUUCUUGUGUUAAUUUGUGACAUUGGGAUUGGACAUCUUGAAGCAAAUAUUCCAUGAUCCUUCUUAAAAGGGAAACUUUGAACAAAGUAAAUAAUUUUUCUUGAUAUGGUUUAUCUCUU